GCGAGAAUGGACAAAAAGGUGGAUUCGUCUAGAGUAGAAAAGAAGUCCUCGUCGAGCAGAAGUCCUUUUCGAAAAAAUUCUCGUAAAAAAAGGGACGUCGAGACGAGCAGGAACAACAAGAAACACAGCCACGAAAAUUUCUCUGAUCGUGAAAUCAUGAAGAAGAAAAAGAAGUCAAAGUCUCGGGAACAAGACGAUGAAAGAAGUCGCAAAACAAGAACGCCCGGCCAGGAAAAGAAGGAACGUGGCACGAUUCUUAUUAAGCACGACGGGGACGGAGACAACAACAAGAACAUCAAGGACGAGCGCAAGAACAGCGGACGUCGAGAGGAAGUGUUUGCAUCAACGAAAAAAACACUCCGCUUCCAAGAAGGCGCUCACGAGGCGGCUUUAUUGUCCCCGCCGGGCAGAAGUGUUGACCAGCAGCAAAUGAAGAUGCGAGUAGUUUUCGGCGAGGAGCAGGAUUUUUAUAGCAGCGUAGUAUUUGCCGAGGCGAGCGAGCUCGCGUUUAUCCUGGAUCGCACACAGUAUCUGCAGCGCGAAUUGCUCGAUACCCUGACACUGUUGCUGCAGUCGUGCGGCAGCUCUUUCGUGGAGAGCGUGGUAGGUCGUCGGGGGAAAUUGUCCGCGCAUCUGCAAGGAGUCCAGAGGGAAAAUCUUCAAAGCGGCCUGUCGACGUCCACAGGCAAUAUGGCGAGUGAGAGCACGAUGAAUAGAAGUGGAACUACGGAUGCUACUAGUAAAGCAAGCAUAAUAUUAUCGGUGGAUGAACAAGCGCAGGCCAGGAAUUUUCUGUUCGUCCCAGAAGCAAGGCCGGGGAAAGCAAAAGCAAAAGCAAAGGCUCCUACCCCUUCGGGCUCCGCUGGGGCCAAAAAAAAGGCCAGCAGUGUAGUAGUUGCCCCAGAAAGUACAACGACGAAGAAGAUCAUGACCACUAAGCAAGAACUCAAAUCGGGUAACAGAAUAAGUCCUUCCAGUCCACAAGAAAAGCAGCUGAAUAUUAAACCCUUUCCCAAGCCGAAAAGCAGAACCCCUUCCCCAGCCGGAGCGCAAGCCAAGACCACGAGUCCACCGCCGGCAAGUCCUGCGAAGGUCAAGUCUGCUCCAGGUGCCGUGGUUCUCCCUUCUUCUAAGAUGAAGGCAAAAGGUGGUCCUGCCCCCGUAAGUGCAACUCCGCCACGACCAGCCAGUAAUAAAGCGAAGCAAAAAGGAGCGGCAACGAAAAGCGCUAAGGCGCCUUCGCUUGGUACAACUGCGAAGAGUGGAGGUGGUAUUAAAGACGCUACUACUGCAGGAGGAGUUGCAUCUUCAGUGAAAGAAGCAAGUACAACUCAGCUGCAGGCUUCAUCUCCUGCUCCUCUCGAUGGGGGAGCUGUAGCUGCGCAGUCAUCUUCUGGCGGUGCUUUCCCGAAGAGCAGCAGGAGCGAUGUUCUUGACGUCGACGACCCGGUCGUGAACUACAAGCAGUCUGCUGUAGAUGAGCAAGUAGCUGUGGUGGAACUGACACCCUUGAUCGCAGCCAAGUUUUUCUCUUCGAGCAGUGAUGAGUUUCACUUGGACCAUGAUGUUGCACGACAAGCUCCAGCCGACGGUCGUGUGCUAGUAGCGGGAACAUCUUCAAAAGCUUUUGAUGUCAGUGCAGACGUGCCUGCUUCGAAAAGUCAAGCAAAAACGCCUGCAGCUGGAAAUAAACUAGAGCAGGAGAACCGCACCGCGGACGGGGAAAGCAGAAGCACAGGCCGCGUCAGAUUCUUGAAGCAGGGACGAGAGGGGGAGGGUUCCGCGGGUAACAGAAUCAGUGCUGCAUCCUCCUCCUCGUCCUCGGGCGGCUCGAGUGCAUCUUCUUCCUCGUCCUCCUCUUCCUUGCACGAAAAAUCCUUCCGGCUAUUCCUCGAGAAGAAACGCAAACAAGAAGGAGUUCCCGAGAUGACGGAAACUCAUCAAGUAGAAGAAUUUAGUGUUGGAGAAGUUCAUCCGCUGGAUGAAACUCCCGUGGUUGUAGCGAGAACUUCAGCGGCUUCGCUCGAACGCGACCUCUCCACGUUGGUUUCUACCCCCAACGCUGCACUGGCCUUUCUGACCGCCCACAAUCCGGAAUUUUUCGCAAAAGUAGCCCGGGUGCGGGAAAAUGUGGACAAGGCCAAGGCAAACCUUAUCGCCGUUUCUAGCAGAGCAAGUCCUGCUUUGUUUGCAGACGAGCUACUCAUCGAUCCAGCCACGAGUAUCCCCGACGAUGCUUCGCACGAGGCCAGUUUGCGGAAACGAUUUUUGGAAGAGGAGGGAACGCGAGGAAACCGUUCCUCUAAACGAGGACAAGGCGCGGUUGGAAGUGGUUCAAGAACUAGAACCGGGACAAGCAACAAUAGAGGUAACCGGAGGCUUUUCGGAUUCGCAUCAGAUGUUGAUCUUCCGGAGGACCAAGAAGACGAGAGAAGUGUCGGCAAAACUUUGUUUGGACACUCUUCGUGGAUGUUGAAUCUUGGGCGCUACACCGACGAGAUUCGGCGAGACGAGCUACUAGAAACGACGAGUCCACCGAGCGGGGUAUUAAAGAAAAGUAAUAUGAGUGGGAAUGAAGAACAAGAACCUCUAAGCGGUGGAGCGAUGCCAGCAGUGGGACGAGAGGAAUUUUCAUCGGAAGUUGUCCAGGCUCAACAUCAACAACCGGAACUACAAAUGGCUGGCAGCCCUGAACAAAGUGUAGAAACGGCAGCGCGGACAAGAAACUUUUACACGAAACCCAAUACAACCGCGUCGGCGCUGAGCCUGCUGCCCCCGAAGAAGGCCCCGGACCGCUUUACGCGGCUACACCUGGAUAUGGGAGUGUCAGGAUUGAAAUCGACAAAGUUGAAAUAACUUGUAAUGCAUAAGAUCGAUACCAGUUGGAAGCCCAAUUUGUAAGCGGCGCAUGACAAUUUAUCGGAGCACCGGAAUCCAAUUUGUCAUGCCGUUUGGGCACAGAAGACUGCUUUUGUCAUGCUCCUGUAGCAGCUCUAUCCCAAACCCUAAAUAGGCUUACAAUCUGCCCCACUUGCCAUCCCGGCAAGACAGGCACUUCAUGCCUUGCAUUUUAUGCAUGGCAAAUCAUUUCAAUGCUGUCGAUCUCAAACCUGACGCUUCCAUAAUGGACGGGUUCCGCCGCGACCGCAUGUUGCAGGAGGCCCGGGAGCGGAAAUUGCAAGCGGAGCUGCUGCAGGAGAAAAAGUAUGAGACCAUUCGGCUGGCGCGCAGCAACAACGUGCUCGCCGCGUCGGAGGGGCGAGGGUCGCAGAAGGGGCUGAAGCUCGAAAACUUGAUCGAGCGCUGUUCCGUGUGGGAGAAGCGACGGGCCCGCUGGCGCGACGCCAAACGAGUCGAGAAGGAAACGCAGGAGGAAAAGAGCUGCAGCUUCGCGCCCCGGCCGCUGUCGAGGAAGAGCGAAGAAUUACUAAACAACAGCGGCAAGCAGACGUGGGCGCAGCGCAACAGCGCCGCGGUACGGAAGUUUAUGGACCGGCAGCUGCAGGUGGGUGAGGUGUUGCAGGCAGCUCGGGACCAGCAAGAGGAGAAAGAAACGAAGGAGGCUUUCGCCGCUGGGCAGGAGGAAAUUCUCAAGCUGAGAAAUGCCUCGCUGUACAGCGGCACAGGAGGCCGCGGGGGUACAGCACAAGAACCACCGCCUGCUCCGGAAGGCGGUGAGGAAGCAGAAAAAGAUGGCUCGACUUCUCCUGCGAAUGUUACGAAUGGUGCGACGCAAGACCAAGAAAGCAGGACCCUAAGUCCUCACGACCGUGGCAUCUCUUCUAAGAACGCAAUGUCUCCUGUAGCCCUGCCUCGGGCUUUUCGCCGCAUUCAGCAGCCACUCAAGAGAUCCGCGGAGGUGACGAGCAGGCAAGAACUGCACCGCAAUGAAGACUACGAACUGACGUUUCAGCCGAAAACGCGAGCGGGGCGGUACUUUUACACCCGCCGGGGCGAGGCUGAUGACAAUAAAGA